AUGGCUGUUGUAAUUAACCAACCAACUAGCUACGCUCCAUCAGACUUCCAGACUGGCCUCUGUGGGACAUGUAAUGAGUGUGGAAGAGAUUGUUAUGGUUAUUGGUGCUUCCCAUGUCUGGGCUGCUCUAUCGCCAGUGAUAUGAAUGAGUGUUGUCUGUGUGGGCCUACCAUGGCCAUGCGCACCAUGUACCGCACCAGGUUUGGUGUCCAGGGCUCCCUGUGUGGGGACUUCUGUGCCAUCUUGUGGUGUAGGCUGUGCUCUACCUGUCAGCUGAAGAGAGACAUAGAUCUACGGAAGGAGCAGGGGAUCUUCUGA